AUGGCCAGGCGUAAACUUGCUCUAAAAACCAUUGACUGGGUGUCUUUUGUGGCGAUCAUACCCCGAAACCAAAAGACCCUCCGCACCAGGUUGGUAAAUCUGUCUGAGAAACCACCAGCGAUUGACUGGGCUUAUUACAAGGCCAAUGUGGCCAAGGCUGGCUUGGUGGAUGAUUUUGAAAAGAAAUAUAAUGCCUUGAAGAUCCCGGUGCCCGAGGAUAAGUACACAUCACUGGUGGACAGCGAGGAGAAGGAGGAUGUGAAGAACUGUGCUGCGUUCGUGUCUGAGUCCCAGGUCAGGAUCCAGGAGUAUGAGAAACAGCUGGAGAAGAUGAAGAACAUCAUCCCCUUUGACCAGAUGACCAUCGAUGACCUGAACGAGGUCUUCCCGGAGACCAAGCUGGACAAGAAGAAGUAUCCCUACUGGCCUCACCAGCCCAUUGAGAACCUGUAAAAGAGCCCAGGAGGGAGCCAGCCCUUCAUUC